CAAGCUCUACCUGCAGCAGUUCUCUAGACAUAACUACAACCACCACCUUCCCUCUCCUUGUUCCUUUCUCUUUCUGUUCCUCUUCCAUCAAUGGCUUCCUCUCUUUCCUCUCAACUCUGAGCUCUCGCUAUCUCUCUCUCUUUACCAAGAUGAACACCACUAGACCUCCAUCUCUUCACUAUCUUCUCCUCCAUUCCUUCUUCUUCCUCCUUUCUUUCCAACAAUCAUACUCUGAAAAUAACCAAACCUGCCACCCUGAAGACCUUCACUCCUUGUACCCCUUCUUCCACUCCUUCCUCUCCCAACACCCUUCCUUGAACUCCAUCAAUGGCUCCUCCAACUGCUGCUCUUGGCCUGGUGUUUCCUGUGACAACCUCUCCAGAGUCAUUGGCCUUGAGCUCCCCAACUUGAACCUUAAAGCCACCAUCCCCUCCUACCUUGCCAACUUGUCCCACCUCCAAUGGCUCAACCUCUCCUCUAACUCCUUCUCUGGUCCUCUCCCUCCCUCCCUCUUCCACCUCCAAGACCUUGGCCUUCUUGAUCUUAGCUUGAAUUCUCUCUCUGGCCCCAUUCCCUCCAUCUCCACCCUCCCUUCCCUCCACCUCUUCAACCUCUCUCACAACUACUUCAAUGGAACCCUUCCUCUUCUCCCUGGCUCUCCGUCCUUGUCUGUGUUUGAUGUUAGCUAUAACAGGUUUGUGGGGGACAUAAGCUCAAGCUUCAACUUCUGUGUGUCUUCUCCAAAUAUUCAUGUUCUCAGGCUCUCAAUGAACUCCUUUUCUGGUGAAUUGAGUGAUGGGUUUGGCAACUGUUCUGAGCUUGUUGAGCUUGGUCUUGAUGGGAACUCCAUAUCUGGUAACUUGCCUGAGGAUUUGUUCAAACUGCCAUCUUUGAAGAAGCUUGAAGUUCAGGAGAACAAGCUCUCUGGCCUGCUGAACCCCAAGAUCAGUAAUCUCUCCAACCUUGUUCUCUUUGAUAUCUCUUUCAAUGCUUUUAAUGGCAGUAUUCCCAAUGUCUUCAAUGCUUUCAUGAAGCUUGAAUGUUUCCUAGCUGAAUCCAAUCGUUUUAGAGGGACAUUGCCUUCUUCUUUAUCAAAUUUGACUGCCAUUAGACUGUUGAAUUUAAGGAACAAUUCUUUGGGUGGUGAGAUUGACCUUGAGUUUUCUGCCAUGCCUCAUCUGAGCUUGCUCGAUCUCGCAUCAAAUCGUUUCAAUGGUGUUAUUCCUUCCAGUAUUUCAGAAUGCAAAGAACUCAAGACUUUGAAUUUAGCUAAAAAUGAUCUCCAUGGAGAAAUUCCAACUAGUUUCAUUGACAUGGUCUCCUUGUCUUUUCUUUCGCUCACAAGUAAUCACUUAUCAAACAUAUCAUCAGCUUUGAAGGUGUUGCAACACUGCCCAAACCUCUCUAGUUUGGUUAUGACCAACAAUUUUCGCGAAGGAGAGGUUAUGCCAUUUGAAGGGAUUCAAGCUUUCAACAAUAUAGAGGUUCUUGUUAUUGCAAAUUGUGCUCUUUUGGGUAAUGUUCCAGCGUGGUUGGCUACUUGUAGGGAGUUGAAGGUUUUAGACUUGUCAUGGAAUCAGUUGGAGGGAAAAAUUCCUUUGUGGUUUGAGAAUCUUGAUUCACUAUUUUACAUUGAUCUAUCGAAUAACUCGCUCACUGGGGAGAUUCCAAAUAGCUUGACAAUGAUUGCAAACCUUAUCUUUGGAAAUAUUUCAAUGGAGAGAACAACAAUGCAAGAGUUCCCGUACUUCCUCAAAAGAAAUAAUUCCGGAAAGAGUUUACAGUAUAAUCAUUUUAGUGACUUUCCGCCAUCUCUGAUCUUGAGCUAUAAUCGGUUAACUGGACCAGUAUUGCCGGGGUUUGGGAAGCUCAAGAAACUCCAUGUGUUGGAUCUAAGCAUGAACCAGUUGUCCGGGAAUAUACCUGAUGAGUUAUCGGGUAUGUCAAGCUUGGAGUAUUUGGAUUUGUCACAUAACAAUCUAUCGGGAAGCAUUCCAUCUUCACUGACCAAUCUCAGUUUUCUGUCAAGGUUCAGUGUGGCAUACAACAAUUUGUCCGGAACAAUUCCCACUAAAUGUCAAUUCUCGACUUUCACUUGUUCUAACUUUGAGGGAAACCCAGAUCUCUGCUGUUUUAACUUAACCUCAUCUUGUGCAAGUGAAGUCCAUCCACUAGCUUUAAGCAAAAAACCAAAAAACAAAGGUGUGAUCAUCGGAAUGGCUCUCGGAAUUGGGCUGGGGACAGCAUUGCUUCUAGCUAUCCUCUACUUGGUCGUGUCGAGGACACGGCACAGAAGACCGGAAGACAGGGUGAAGGAAGUGGCAGAUAUAAAUGCACACGCAGAAUUGACCGGGCCUCUAUUGGUGCUUCUGUUUCAGAACAAGGACUUCAAGGUUCUAAGCAUUGGAGACAUUUUAAAAUCAACAAACAAUUUCGAUGAAGCUAAUGUCAUUGGGUGUGGAGGAUUUGGGCUUGUUUAUAAAGCAACACUGCUUGACGGACGAAGAUAUGCUAUCAAGAAACUUACCGGUGAUUAUGGUCAGAUGGAGAGGGAAUUCCAAGCCGAGGUAGAGGCCCUCUCAAGAGCUCAACACAAGAACCUUGUUUCACUUCAAGGGUAUUGCCGGAUUGGAAAAGAUCGUAUUUUAAUCUAUUCAUAUAUGGAGAAUGGGAGCUUAGACUAUUGGCUUCAUGAGAAGCUCGAAGAAGGCACGACACUAGAUUGGAAUACGAGACUAAGGAUUGCUCAAGGAGCGGCAAGGGGAUUAGCUUAUCUUCAUCAAUCAUGCCAACCUCAUAUACUUCACCGAGACAUCAAGUCCAGCAACAUCCUGCUAGAUGAAAAUUUCGAAGCUCAUUUGGCCGAUUUUGGGCUUGCAAGAUUGAUUCUUCCAUAUGACACUCAUGUCUCGACUGAUCUAGUAGGAACUUUGGGCUACAUUCCUCCUGAGUAUGGACUGGCGUCGGUCGCUACUUUCAAGGGUGAUGUUUAUAGUUUUGGUGUUGUACUUUUGGAGUUGCUUACUGGUACACGGCCGGUGGACAUUUGCAAGCCAAAGGGGUGCAGGGAUUUGAUAUCAUGGGUGCUUAAAAUGAAGGAUGAGAAGAGAGUAACAGAGGUGUUCGAUCCCUUAAUCUUUGACAAGGAAUACGAAAGCGAGCUGAUUAAGGUAAUGGAGAUCUCAUGCCUUUGCUUGAAUGAAUCUCCGAAGCUUAGACCAUCAGCUCAGCAGUUAGUUACAUGGCUUGACAAUGUUGGUCUCGACAGCAAUCUUGUAACAUGAGAGGGAGGCAUCUGCAUCUUCUGAGUUUUAUCUCCAAAAUACUGGAUCUUUGUACAUAACACUGCAUAUCAUCCUCAGUUAUUGUCUUUCCAUUUGUUUCUAUCAAGUGAGAUUAUUAUACAAGACAAAGACACACAUCGAUCUUACUUUUGUGAACCUUUCAGAUGUUUCAGUAAAGAAACUUAU